UCAUCCCGUUCCCUACAGGCCUGGCUGCAGCAAUAUGGCUACCUGCCCCCUGGGGACCUGCGUACCCACACACAGCGCUUACCUCAGUCACUCUCAGCUGCCAUCGCUGCCAUGCAGAGGUUCUACGGUCUGCGAGUGACGGGCAAGAUGGAUACAGACACCAUGAAGGCCAUGAAGCGCCCCCGCUGUGGUGUUCCAGACAAGUUUGGGGCUGAGAUCAAGGCCAACGUUCGAAGGAAGCGCUAUGCCAUCCAGGGCCCCAAAUGGCAGCAUAACGAGAUUACUUUCUGCAUCCAGAAUUACACCCCCAAGGUAGGCGAGUAUCGCACCUAUGAGGCCAUCCGCAAGGCCUUCCGCGUGUGGGAGAGUCACACACCGCUGCGUUUCCGAGAGAUACCCUAUUCCUACAUCGAGAAUGGCCAUGAGCACGCCGACAUCAUGAUCAUGUUUGCUGAGGGCUUCCAUGGCGACAGCACACCCUUCGAUGGCGAGGGUGGCUUCCUCGCACACGCCUACUUCCCAGGCCCCCACAUCGGAGGCGACACCCACUUUGACUCUGCUGAGCCCUGGACUGUCGAAAAUCAGGAUCUGAAUGGGAAUGACAUCUUCCUGGUGGCCGUGCAUGAGCUGGGCCACGCCCUGGGCCUCGAGCAUUCCAGUGACCCCUCGGCCAUCAUGGCGCCCUUUUACCAGUGGAUGGACACAGAGAACUUUGUGCUGCCCGAUGAUGACCGCCGGGGCAUCCAGCAACUUUAUGGGAGUAAGUCAGGCCCCACCAAGAUGCCCCCUCCACCCAGGACCACCUCCAGGCCCUCUGUCCCUGACAAGCCCAAAAACCCCACAUACGGGCCCAACAUCUGUGACGGGAACUUCGACACUGUGGCUGUGCUUCGAGGGGAGAUGUUUGUCUUCAAGGAGCGCUGGUUCUGGCGGGUGAGGAAUAACCAAGUGAUGGAUGGCUACCCAAUGCCCAUCGGCCAGUUCUGGCGGGGCCUGCCUGCAUCCAUCAACACUGCCUACGAGAGGAAGGAUGGCAAGUUUGUCUUCUUCAAAGGAGAUAGGCACUGGGUGUUUGAUGAAGCUUCCCUGGAGCCUGGCUACCCCAAACACAUUAAGGAGCUGGGCCGAGGCCUGCCUACUGACAGGAUUGACGCCGCCAUCUUUUGGAUACCCAAUGGAAAGACCUACUUCUUCCGGGGAAACAAGUACUACCGUUUCAACGAGGAGCUCAGGAUGGUGGAGAACGACUACCCCCAAAACAUCAAGAUCUGGGAAGGAAUUCCUGAGUCUCCCAGAGGGUCAUUCAUGGGCAGUGAUGAAGUCUUCACGUACUUCUACAAGGGGAACAGAUACUGGAAAUUCAACAACCAGAAGCUGAAAGUAGAGCCAGGCUACCCCAAGUCAGCCCUGCGGGACUGGAUGGGCUGCCCUUCGGAGGGCCGGCCAGAUGGGGGGACUGAGGAGGAAACGGAGGUGAUCAUCAUCGAGGUGGACGAGGAAGGCAGUGGGGCAGUGAGCGCAGCCGCUGUGGUGCUGCCUGUACUGCUGCUGCUGCUGGUGCUGGCAGUGGGCCUUGCGGUCUUCUUCUUCAGACGCCACGGGACCCCCAAGCGACUGCUCUAUUGCCAGCGAUCCCUGCUGGACAAGGUCUGACCCCCAUCGCUGCCCACCCACUCCUACCACGUGGACUUUGCCUCUGAAGGCCAGUGGCAGCAGAUGGUGGUGGGUGGGCUGCUCCCACCCGAUCCAAGCUCUCUCCCCACCCCGCCUCCCUUCUCUGUUCCAUGACUGGCCCCUCCCACCUCAAUCCUGGCAUUGCUUCUUCCCUAGAUGGGUCCCCUGGGGGCUGAACUGGGGCCACCCCUUCCAGUCCCUGCCCCUCAAGGGCCCCUGUAGCUUGGUGUAUGUCCAGCCCCAUCUGAAUGUCUUGGCUCUGCACUUGAAGGCAGGACCCUCAGACCUCACUGGUAAAGGUCAAAUGGGGUCAUCUGCUCCUUUUCCAUUCCCUGACAUACCUUUAACCUCUGAACUCUGACCUCAGGAGGCUCUGGGCACUCCAGCCCCGGCAGGCCCCCAGGUGUACCCAGUUAGCAGCCUCCCACCACUCUUUCUGGCUAAAAGGAAUCUAACCUUUUGUCGGGGGAGAACCUGAGAGAAGGUGAAGGGGUGGGGCUGCAUAGCCACCGUAAGACCUAGGGAGGGAAGUUCAGAGAGGGUCAUUCUUUUCCACAAAGAUCUGCCUCUCCCCCUCCUUCUGCCCCCAAGUACUUCAUGGAAGAAGCCUGAGCCAUUAUGGAGUGAACUGAGGCUGCAGAAACCCUUGACAGCCUUACUCUCCCAAAUGUUAGCCUUGGAUGCGGAUGUCAAGUUGGAAGAGCUGAGGCC